UAGGCUGAGUCAAUCAAGCCUUUGUAGCCACGCCUCUCGGGUCGACUUCUCCAUUUUCCCAUUCAAGUCUUCAGCUCAACAGACGCAUUUUCUCCCACUCCCAUCAUUCCAAUUCCAGAACGAGAUUAAGAAAAAAAAAAAAAACCACUUCUACAGGAGAAGGAAAGCCAAGGUCCCUCUGAUCUUCCCACAGGCCUGCGGAGAGGGACCAGCUCCAGUGCAGACUGUUUUUGGCGGCCAUCCAAACAGCCGCGUCUUCAAUCCAGAGCCAUCCGCCUCUCCGAAGGACCCGAAUCCCGGGAAAAUGGAGCCUUCCGAGGCAGGAGACAGCCACGAGGAAACCCCGUUACAACCUCUAACAAAGGAGGUUCGUCAGAAGGCUAGCCCGAUGCGGUCACCAGAUGGCGCCAGAGAGCCACAGCGUCCAAUCCCUUCGGUUUCAAAUCUCCCACCGGAAAGUCUUUGGGAGGAGCCGGCUCCUAAGAGGACAAAGACUGCCCCAGAGGCUACCUUCACUCCUACAGCUGCGGGACUCCGCCCAAGGGAGAGACAGCAGACAGAAAAGUCCUGCCCAAAGGAGCCAGAAAUUUCUCCAGAAAUCAGACUAAUAAUCGCAGAGGCCAUUGCUCAGGGCAUUGCUGCAGGCAUGCAACGAAACCAGCAGGCAGCCUCUGGAAACACUCCACAGCAGGGGCAGUCUUCUGCACCCAAUAAUCCCAAGGACGUAGCUGCUCCUCCCAGGGCCCUUUCCCCUGCCUCUUCCAUGUUCAGCCAAGAAUCCCUCUCGGAUGAUGAGGAACAUCAAGGGUCGAUGCUGUCUGAGGACAAAGGAGGGACUACGGAUACCCUGGGCUUCACAGGACUCUUCCGUCCUGCCUUGUUUAAGACGCUUCUCCACAGAGCCAAGGCCACGGCUCGGAUAGGAGGGGAUCCAUCUGUAUCAGAUCCGGCCUCAGGCUUAUCUGACCCCAAUAGUCUGGUAUUCUCAGAGCCCACCACAGAUAACGAGGAGAUCCCCUCCCCAAAAUUGUUCCUGGAUGCCGUCCAGCGACAAUGGGCCCAACCAGGGGCAUAUCCAGGCCCAAACGUGACUGACAAGCGGUUCUACAACGUGGCCCCGACCCUCGCGGCGGCCUUAGAAAUACCAACCAUCGACGAGCCCGUGGCAGCCUUAGCCUGCGUCAACAUGAUAACCAAUGACCCGGACGAAGGUUUGAAUCCAGAAGACAGGAAAGCUGAGAUAUCGCUCCGCAAAGCCUAUCACGCGGCUGCCUGGGGGGUUAAAUCGGCUACGGCUGCUUCCUUCUUCAACAGAACUUCCGUGCUCUGGCUCAAAGAGCUGCAAGCCAGAAUCCCAGCCACCGACGUCCAAGCUCACAAGGACCUCAACAACCUGAUCAUGGCGGCAGAAUAUUCUGCCGAUGCCACACUGAACUCGGCCAAGUUCGCUUCCAGGGCCAUCGCCUCUUCCGUGACGGCCCGACGGCUGCUGUGGCUCCGUUACUGGCAGGCAAGCAUGAAGUUCAAGUGGAAGUUGGCCUCGGCCCCCUUCAAAGGGGAGAACCUAUUCGGAGAGGCCUUAGAGCCUGUGCUCAUAGAGACCCAUGACAACAAGAAAGUCCUACGCUCUAUGUCCAGACGCCCCAACCAGCGGUCUCAGAAUCCUCCCUUCAGAGCAGCCGACACUGGAAACGACUUCUCACAACCACAAAGAGCAUACUUCCAGCCUCAGGAUCGCCAAUCCAAUAGGCCCGGCAACAGAGGGCAGCAGAACAGGCAGCAGUUCCAGUCCAAAGGGCAAUUUGGAGGCGGCGGAAAUCAUCCCUACAAUCGCUCCUCCAGAUAACUGCAAAUCCAACCCUCCCAUUGGUGGCCGGCUAAGCCUCUUUGCGGCUCAAUGGGAGGAAACGACCGCAGAUGCAUGAGUCCUUAACACCGUCCGACUAGGCUUUGCUCUCGAUUUUCUUGAUUUGAGGUUCUUGAUUUGCUGCCCCAGGACAAGAAGGACCCUCACGGAAGCUGCAGUCCUACACCUGUCGGACAUUCAAGCCACCUUUCAAUAGAUUCUCAACCUAAAAAGACUCAACAAGCAUACAAGAGAUUCAAAAUGCAUGUCCUUCCAGUGCAUACUGGAGAGCAGGCCUCCCUGCAGCCUCCUGGGACCAAAAAAGGGCUGUGGGGGGGGGGGGACACUG